ACCUUCACCAAGCCAGCAGGAAAGACCACAGAUCACAUGAUGUCACAUGACUAGAGAUGUUCCUGAGGAUGAUUCCUGUUUCAUUUCUGGAAAGGGCUGUAAAUUAGGAUUCACAAUUAAGGAAAAGAUCAAACAGUUACUUACAUAAGCCUCAAAACACUCGGGGAACAACUUCCUCCUCGACAAUUCCAGAGUAAUUACCAAAACAACAAAGAGGAAAGUCUUGCUUAUUGGUCCCAACAUUGGGGGUCCAGAGUAUAAAAGCCCCCAAAGAGAAGACACCAUCAGAAUCUGAGAAACUCACCUCUGAACACAAACCCACCCUCCACACCUGCCACCAUGUGCUGCUCCCCUUGCUGCCUGCCUUGCUGCUACAGGACCACCUGCAGAACCACCUGCUGGAGGCCCGCCUGCUGUGGGUCCAGCUGCUGUGGGUCCUGCUGCAGCCAGCCUUGCUGCUGUAGCACUCCCUGCUGCCAGCCUUGCUGCCGCCCUUGCUGUGUGAGCAGCUGCUGCCAGCCCUGCUGCUGUGGGUCCAGCUGUGGCGGGUCCUGCUGCUGCUCUCCCUGCUGCCAGCAGGUUUGCUGCUGCCCCGUGCAUGUCUGCAGAACCUGCUACCACCCCACCUGCUGCUGCGUGCCCGGCUGCAUAAGGUAUGGCUGUGGAUCCAGCUGCUGCCAACCUUGCUGUUGCUGAGAACCUUGCCAGACAGCCACCAUCUGCACACAUAACAUCUGAGAACUGACUUGCCAUUAUGGAAACAAAAUGGACCUUCUGGACUUUGUUGACAACCAGCAUGUGGGACCAUAAUUUCUGUGACUCAUCUGCCUGUUUAAAGAGUCAGCUGGAUGGAGUGCAGAGGACCUCCCUCAGUUCUCUUGCUCCAAGGUAUGUGGAUCUUGCCCCAGCUUUGUGCAUCCUCAAUAUGCAGUCAUGAUCUUGGCUUUGAUUCUGAAGUCAGGACCAAUGGCUCCCUCUAAACAACUUAGUCAAACAAAUCUUCAUAUCUUAUUUACAGGUUUCUGUAACUGAAUAACCCUCAUCAUUGCAAUUCCUUACAAUGUAAUCAUGAUUCUUGUAUAAGACUUUCUUUCUUCAGGAUCACAUUGAAUUGUCUUACUAGAUGUGGGACUCUUCUCCAUGUGUUUCUUAAUAAAGUCUAUACCAUAAGCUAUCCAUAUUGUGUGUAUUUAUUGUACAGCAUUCCUGAUUUGAAUACUUACUGCAUACUUUAUGCAUCAUUCAUUUUGAGCACAACAGCUCCCACAAUUAUUAUCUACAAUUUCAGAAAAAACAAACUCAUUGCAUAAUAUCACAAGCUAAUAAUAAUGAUCAGACUCAGUUCCAAAACUGGGUCUUCUGUUCCUGCUUAAGACAUUGGCAUUUAUAUGUCAAAGAUAUAGAGGUCAGAGCCUCUGGUUACUGCACCCUUGGCAAGCUGUGGUGUUGUCAUUGCUCAGAUAAGGUUGUCAGUAAGCCUACACACACCAU